CUUUCCCUCCGGAACUAGAGGGAAACAGCGAAUUCUCGCCACCGCUGGCCCAGGAAGGGUGUUCGUUAGAUGCUGGAUGCCGGAGGAGGCAGGCUGGGUCCACUCCCUCUUCUGCAGAGGGGGAACUGCCUGCCUCAUCCAUACUGUGUUUCUAAACUUUAUUUUCUGGAGAGGGGCAAAGAAGGAUUAACUCCCCUGGUCCCAUGAAAAGGACAGAUGCUCUGACUAAAUGGUAACCGAGUCUCAAGACAAAAGCUUACACCGCUGUGCACCUGCGGGCUGUUCAGUGAAGACAAGAAGACUCUGACAAUGAAAGAAAGAACUGUAGAAGAGUCUAGAAGGUUCCAGUGAAACUCAGGUUCUGACCACCCCAGCUCCUGGCCCUACAUUUCAGGACAUGGCUCUGCUCUUCCUGCUGGGGUGUGCUUUCUUCCCGCUGUGCUUUGCUGGCCUCUGUUGGGGGCUUCAGAACCAAACCAACCUGCAGAUGGAGAGGCAAGAGGCUGUUUUGGUGGCGUCAAAGCUGGUGUCCUCUGUCCAAGCCAUCAUGGCCUCCACAGCUGGCUACAUAGUCUCCACCUCCUGCAAGCACAUCAUUGAUGACCAGCACUGGCUGUCUUCGGCCUACACGCAGUUUGCAGUGCCCUACUUCAUCUAUGACAUCUACGCCAUGUUCCUCUGCCACUGGCACAAGCACCAGGUUAAAGGUCAUGGAGGGGAAGACGGGACGUCCAGAGCCCUGGGCGGCACCUGGGCCGUGGUGCGUGGCUACCUGCACAAGGAGUUCCUCAUGGUACUCCACCAUGCGGCCAUGGUGCUGGUGUGCUUCCCGCUCUCGGUGGUGUGGCGACAGGGCAAGGGAGAUUUCUUUCUAGGCUGCAUGUUGAUGGCCGAGGUCAGCACUCCCUUCGUCUGCCUGGGCAAGAUCCUCAUCCAGUACAAGCAGCAGCACACGUUGCUGCACAAGGUGAACGGCGCCCUGAUGCUGCUCAGCUUCCUGUGCUGCCGGGUGCUGCUCUUCCCCUACCUGUACUGGACCUACGGGCGCCACGCCGGUCUGCCUCUGCUCUCAGUGCCCCUGGCCAUCCCGGCCCACGUCAACCUGGGCGCCGCGCUGCUCCUGGCACCCCAGCUCUACUGGUUCUUCCUCAUUUGCCGCGGGGCCUGCCGCCUCUUCCGACCCCGGGGUUCCCCACCACCCUCUCCUUGUCAGACUCAGGACUGAGGCUGGGGCCUGGGAACCCCCCCUCCCCAGCCCCCCGUGGAGACAGAGCUUUGGGGCCAGUGGGGGGGUGUGGGGGGGUGAGAGCCAGGAGUCCCUUGCCUUGACAGCCCCAAGACAGAAGGACUCAGAACAGGGAGCAGCAAAACACCCUCAGGAGCUGAGGGCGGAUGACUGGAAGGGCAGGGAGAGAGAGGACCCGGAUGAAGAGCCCCUCCCGGCCUCUGUGCUAACAAAAUGAAGGGAAGAGAGUGUGUCAGACAGUGUGCCGAGGUCUGGAGAGCUGGGCUCAGUGGGACCACGGAGUCGAGGGACACGGGGGGGUGGCCCCGCCGCCAAGGACAUCCCAGCUCUGCUGCUGCAAGCUCCUCUCUGCUCCCCAUCACCUGGGAGAAGGAAGACACCCUAACUCAUCCCAUGUGGGCCAUGAGAAGGCAGGCGACCCCCACAGCUCCUUCCUCUGGAGACCAAUCUGAGGAACCUUAUUUAUUUAUUCGCCUAUCUCUAAUUUGUUGGGGUGCGGGGAGGGAGGUGACUGCUCCCCUACAACCCCCCCAGUGCUGAGCAACCCUGGGGGCAGGCACGGGCACCAGCCCCUUCUGUUAGGCUGCACAUUUUGCCCUCGGGCCCUGGCUUGUCCCUGGUGCUACAGACCUCUCACGGCUUCCUCCAGUCUGGGGUCACAGACCCUGGGAGGUGCUUUUACAGACCGCUAAUAAAGACGAUCUUCGUGAACGCCA